AUGCACCGUUGGUGUGAAGUCUUGGCGUCAUGGUUGGCGCUCAUAGACGACAACUACGUCAACGAGUUGCGCCAAGCAAUGGUGCACCACAGGGAGAUCAAGCAGUCGGAGAUGUCUGCUCCUGUGGCUUCGAGGUCUGCUCGGUUGUUUUACUACCUUCAACAGAGUUUGCAGAAGUUUGAGAGAGGCAUGGAGCUUGUGAGAAGCACGUCCAUGCGGCAAGCUCAAGCUGCUUGUGGGUACGAAGCAAUUGCAGUGAGAGACGAGGCCCUUAAGCUGCCUGCGAGAGCCCGAGCCUACAAGAGGCCACUUGAUGUGGUCCGGUUCUUAGAAGAUGAGCUGGGCAAAGUGGAUCAGAAGCUCCAUCGUUUUCCGGAGCUGAAGCCUGGCGCUUCGGACCGCCUGACUGUUUUGCUUCAAUCUGUCAACCCUGAAUGCCGGCAUUACGUUGUUUUGCACGGCAAGUCUGGAACUUGGGAAGAGCUUGUGACAAGCAUCCGGUUCUUUGAGGAACAGACCAGGCUUUGCGACGCUGGUGCUCUUCACGCUGUUGGCGAGAAGGGUUUGUGUUGGAACUGCGGCAAGGCUGGCCACUACAGUUGGCAGUGCCCUGACCCACCGAAGGGUGGGAAAGGAAAAGGCAAAGACAAAGGCAAGGGUGGAAAGCCCUCUGGUGGCGGCCGAGGCGGCGAGCCCAAGGGCAAGGGCAAAGGCGGCAAGAAAGGCGAGAAGGGCAAGGACAAGGGGAAGCCAAAGGCGAAGCCGAAAGCGAAGUCCAAGGGACGCGCUGUUGAGGACGAGCCGUCGGAGCAAGUGAUGGCCUUGAGAUUUCAUCGUCUCAGGGGCAUGCGCCCAGGGAAAGCAGUCAAGAAUGAGCCCAAUGAUGCUGAGCCCCCACGUCUCACAAUGACAGACAAAGAAGUAGAGAAGCUGAACCAGUCCUCUUCGAGGAAUAGUCACUUUGCGUGGCUUGUUGAUAGUGGAGCCACGUGCCACGUGUUGUCUGUUGCUUCUUUAGGGUUUUACGAAGUCGUGAAGGAGCAUUCGGGACCGCUGCCUGUCUUGAUGAGCGCUAGCGACACCGAGAUGGAAUGCCUCGGGUUGGUCGAUAUCCGUGUGAAGUUUGGGAAGCUAGGGCCUGUAGUGCUUCAGAAGGUCCUUGUUUGCCAGAUCGGUUUCAAUGUUAUCAGUUCUUGGCAGGCGUCGCUUUCGGGUUGGUGUUCGUGGUUCACCGCCACACCCGGAGAGAGUUGCUUGAUGAAGUACAAUGGGAAGGGUUCCUGGUUUUGGGUUCCCUUAGAGACGGAAGCCAGGAGCUGGUGGGCAAUGGCCCAGGAGAUCGGCCCCCCGAGAGCUAAGGCGAAAGCGAAGUCCAAGGCAGGAGUGCCCAAAGGUACCUCACCAAAGUUUGGGAAAGAAGACGACGACACGGGAGAUGCCAUGGAAGUGGACCGCGCCAAGGAGAAGGCGCAUCCGAGCAAGCAUCCGCAGAGAGCUUUGGAAGUAGCAGCUGAGACCAAGGUAGAUCGGCAACCAGGGCAAAUGCUGGUGAUGGAGGAGCGGUGGAAGGACCUUCGGGAGAUGGCUGGAGCAGCCGCUUCCCGUCGUGGAGCGCUGGUGGAGAAGUUGCGUCUCAGUCGCAGCGUGGAGCAGCGCAGGGAGCAGGAAGAGUCGGUGGCCAUGAACAGACACGACCCGAACGAAAUGGUCUUCCGGGGGUUUCAUGCCCUGACUCCUCCGGCAUUGCCGACCACCGCCGGUCAAAGCAAUGCCAAAGGUGCCGUAUGUUGGGCACAUGGGCCCGAUACCGCCAGCACCGCCGAUGGUUGUGCCAAUGGGCCCAGUACCACCAGCACCGCAGUUUGUUGGGAAGAUGCACAUGUUCCCGCCAGCGCCGCCGCCGGGGUACAUGGGACCAGUACCGCCAGCACCACCGCCAGGAUACCGAGGCAUUUUCAAUCCGUGGAGCACAGGGCCGUUGCGCCAGGUGUUCGGAUCCGUGGGCCAGUACGUUACGCCCAUCACUCCUGGUGCGUCGGUUGUGCCUCUCACUCCACCGCCACGACCUUCAGUGAGACCCUCAACAAGGCCGUCAAGAGCACCACGGCCCACGGCAAGGGCAACUCUAGCCCCGACGCCAAAGAAGAGGAAUCGAUCACCUUCGAUCUGAUGCGGUUUCAAGAGUGCAGUGCCAAAGCGGUAGGCGGUCUAGAGUGCAGUGCCGAAGCGGCUCUUUCUGAGAUGGGCCUCAACGGGCUGGACAUCGUGGUCCACGGACUGGAAGAGCGUGUAGGAGGGCAGCUGCCGUUAGGAAGAGCAAAGCACGCCUCUGGAACGCCUAAGGGGUUCUACGGAAAGCGCCUGGUGAGGGCGAUUUACGUUGGGCCCCAUGGUGCCAACGGCUCUGGGAUACGUGUCUUUGUUCCCUUAGGAGAUGGGAAGCCGCCUCGGUUGGAGAUUUUCAGCUCUUUUCGUGCCCGGGACCCGGUAGAGUUUGACAAGGCAGUGCUAGACCAACUGAAAGGAAACCGCGAGGACCCCGAACGACCCAUCAAGUUUGAUGUGCCUCUAGAUGCACCUCAGCCUCCUCCUGACCCUCCGGCGUUGCCUGAUGGUAGUCUUGAGUUCCCUGUGGGACAAUCAGAAGAGCCUGGAGCUCCUGAUGCGAUGGAGGAUGAGGAUGAUGUUGAGAUGAGUGAUGGUGAAGAUAAUAUCAUGGAAGAUGGCCUGACUUGGCUCUAUGAGUAUGGUCUUCGCCAGCUCUACGAUGGGCCGGACCUUCGUGUGACCCAGAAGCUGAGAAGAGUUGUGCGUUGGGUGAUGGCUCUGCCUGAGUACCUUCAGAGCUUCUCUGCUUUUGGCUGGGUCGACCCGAGUUUUGAGUCGGAGACCUUGCUCUCGGGGUACGUGGAUGCCUCGUGGAACGUGUGUUCAGUGUCAGGUGCCAUUGUCCUUUGGCAUGGCAUGAUGAUCAAGUGCCUGCCUGCCGGUGACACGGGAUCGUAUCCCAUUUACUUGUCGUCUGACAGUGAAGCGGCAUUGUCUAUUUCGAAGAUGAAAGGCCUGCUGCGCCGAGUGCGGCAUUUGGAGCUUAGGCAUCGGUACUUGCAAGAGCUUGUUCAAAGUGAGAGAUUGCGUCUUACGUUCAUCCAAGGAUGCCUGAAUCCGAGCGACGGACUCACGAAGAGUCCUGAAGAAGCUAUGCUCCAGCAUCUGCUGGAGGCGUGUGGACUUGAGCGGAUCUGUGAGGAAGACUUGCAGACACUGUGUGCCCCUGACCACCUUCGAGAGAGAGUGGAGGAACUUGAAAACCUCAACGAGAAGCUUGAAGAGCUUCCGGAGAACUUGCUGAAGUAUCGUCCGGUAGCCGUUGAUUUGGCUAUAGGGGUUGUUCCUUUGCUUGUGGUUGAGCUUUUCUGUGCCCGUGACAGUGCGUUGUGUGCGGCGUGCAAGCGUGAGAGCGUUGCCUAUAUCGGCAUCACUCAGGAAGAAGACUUCUUGAGAAAGCUGUUGCAGAACCACUGCCAGGACGUCCUGCUGACUCAGGAGUGGCCAAAGACCUGUGGACUUUGGAAGGAAGAAACGUACCAAAGAGUGAAGAAGCCCACACAGGGAAGUGAUGCCAGUCAAGAUGUCCAGGCAUUACACCGUCUGUGGCUGCGGAUCGUGGGUGUGGACGGACCAAAGCAGGGAACGACGCAGGAUCCGCAAUGGGGUCCGUCUGUGAGAGUGUGGAGGUCUCCCGCUGCUGCACAGCAGCCCGAGCCCAAGACGCCGAGACCCCCUCGCCAGAACCAAGCGCAGAGGGCAUUGACAACCAUCUGGGAAUCCUUGCCUGAGCACGCGCGCCAGCAGAUUGAGGAGGCGGGGUGGAGACCUAAGAUCCCUCAGCCCCCGCCAGGCCUAUUCAGGCAAACCAAAGGAGGUGCAGGCAAAGGCAAGGGUGCAGUUGGAACAGCGGAAGUCCGGGAUGAGGCUGCUCAGGCUGAGGCUGCUCGGUCCCUGUUUGCCUCGGUGAGCGAAGAGCAGCGUGAGCUUCUAUGUAAGCUUGGCAUCCAAGAGCCCGAGGUGCAGCCUCCGGACCUUGCUUCAUUGUGUAAGCAACACAUCCGUGCCUUGCCAGCUGACAUCCAGAAGCUGCUGGAAGACCCUCCUGAGCGGCCACCCACGCCUCAGGAGGUCAUGAGCGAAACAAGCAAAAAAUUUAAAAUUGCCACUGCAGAAUUGAGAGACCUUAUUUUCCGCAAAGCUGCCUUGCAAGUGCGUCUUGAUAAGCAUAAAGAGCUGUACUCCAACAUGUUGUCAGACAUGAAGUCCAUCAAUGAAUCCUUGGAGGAGCGACAAAAGCUGGUGGCUACCUUGCAAGGGGAAUUGCAAUCCUCGGUUGCUGGAGCCCCGGCCCCCGAGGCCUUGCCGGAGGCAACUGAGGCUCUUGCCAAGCAGGUUGAGGCCAUGGAUGUUGAUCAGCUUGACGACUACCGUGAGUCGCAUGAGCAAGGCAAGCCCAGGUCCAGGAGCCGAGGUCGUGGCACGCAGCAAGGGUCUGAUUUCGUGGAAGAGUUUUUAGGUGUAGACCGUGGGCGUCUUGCUUGUGCAUUUCAGCCAGCCCUUCUGCUUGAUCAUGGCCUCACCUGUGCCCCUGCGUCCAGAUCUCAGACCUGCGUUUCUUUUGGCGAAUCGGUUCAAGGGCUACCACUUUCGGACAAGUCCGUUCUGCAUCGGCCUCAGUUCUGCCCACAGACAAUUUUCCGAGUGUGCCAAAUGCCGCCAGGCGGCAGCCUGGUACUCUACCCGGAGCUCGAGGGCCGCAUCGGUGCCAAGCUGUGGCGCCCUCGAGCAUGCAGAACCUUCGCGAGUGCAAGGGGCAAUGGGACCUUGAGCGUUCUGACGGCGAGGAGGGGGAUACUGACUGUGGAAACCCGGCGCUGUGUCACCAUUGUGGACAGAGGCCCAUAUGUGCCGCUGACCCCGCCGAACCAAUCUGUGGUUUUGUGCAUCACAGCCAAAUCGCGCAAAUGGCAGGCCCGCCUACUGAGGGCCUUGACCAUCUGGUGCAGAGCCUCCAUACUCAUUGUGUCAACUGCCUCGCUGCUGCCUUCACCAUGCCCAGAGCAACUAGGAGAGGUUUGGUUAGGAUCUCAGGUGCAAGAUUUUUUCCAGUUGAGGCCUUGGAGGGAGAGGCGGAACAGGGCGAGUGUUGUGCUGCCUCACGUGAUGCAAAAGCUGACCGCCGGUGACCCGCUCAACUGUGAUAUCCGGGUCACGGCGGUCCAGGCGCAGGUUCCACCGAAGGCUCCGACUUCAAGCCUUACCGAGGACGGGGGCGCUGCAGCCUGA